UUUUUUUUUUUUUUUUUUUUUUAAGCCUGCUACUACUCUGCCAACACGUGGGGGAGAGAUUGACUUUGUACCUGGACACUUUUUCAAAAUCGACGUUUACACUGCGUUGUUCUCAUCGUGGCGACAUCAAGGGCCUUAAAAUACUUUGCUGCCGAAACUGUCGGAAAGGUUUUUAAGGUGUAGCUGCUAGUGUCCUGAGGAGAUGCCUCUAAGGUUUCGCUCGAUUGUGCCCUACACAGUACCAGGAGUCCUUGCACUGAUCGGCUGGUGGUGGUACACCUCGCGUAAGAAAGAGCGCCUCAUCAGCCAUGACGCCCCAGAUGACGGUCCAACUAAUGCAUCCCUGAGAUUGUGUCUAACAACGGGAACGGGGCCCAAUGGUGUGGUCGAGAAAGACACUGUAUCUACUCCACACAACACAAAACAUCACUUGACCUGCAGAGAUCCAAAAGCCAGUAUAAACGAUGAGGAGCAGGAAAAUAUGUUCCAAAAUCAUGUUGAUGAUACAGACACAGCAUCCAAUAUGGGGCAGACUCUUAAAGAGACAGCUGUUGAAACAUGUGGAAUACAAGUGGAAGUUCAGAAACCCACAGGUUCAACUCUGCUGCCGUAUGAACAGGAUGAGAGUUUCAAUGUAUCAGUAAAAGAUCAUGGAGACCUGAAAAAAAGCCCAAUACCCUCCUGUGGUUCAGAGGCAAAUCUUGAUCUAAAGAGAAAGUCAACGUCUGCUUCAGAAAUCACUAUCAAAGACAUGGUCUUGUCCUGCCAAGCCACCAAUAUUACCCCCUCAACCACUACGACGUCAGGGUGCCUUGCUGAUGCAGAGCGGCCUGAGCCAGAGGGUGAAGUUGCUCAGAGCCACACCACUAUGACAGCACAGGAUGAUGGUUGUGCGAUCAUACCCAUUGAAGCGCAGAGAGUGGUCUCAUCACAAUUCGAGUCUCGAGACAAACACAUUUCACAGCAAGAUUUAAAUCAACACAUUCUAACCAGCACACCCAACUCUCUGGUCCUGACUCCCAAAGCCCAAACUACAUCAUUGACAUCACAGGAAAUCCAGGUUCCCAGCCAUCAUGGUGAGGAGCAAGAUCUGGAAGUUCUGGCAGCUGGACUCAUAACGGAGGUCAUCUCAGCAGCCACCCAGCAGGUCUUUGGUGGCAUCAACUGCCAGGUUUCUGACUCAAGCCAGCAGUGUCACCAUCCUCGAUUGUCAACCCACCAUCAAACAGGCUGUGAGGAAACCCAAAACAAAGAGCAAGUGAUGCCCAAUGGGUCUUUUACCGACUCAUGGGAGUCUUUAGAGGUUAAUGAAUUAGUUCAGACAAACUAUACACAAAAAGAACCUAUGCCAAAACUGUCUCACCAAAUAGCAGACAGUAUACCUCUACUGAACAACGUUGUGAAAGACAAUGAAUCAGCUACACAGACUGAGGACUCUGCUUGCAGCACCUGUCACUCCGAGGACGGCAUCAGCAAUGAGAAUCACCAACAUAGUCUAAUGGACAGCAAAAUGGAUGUCUUCCAGAUUACAGACUUGUCAGAAAAAGAAGUAACACAAACCCAAUCACUUAUUGAGACACCCGCAGACGGAAUUAUUUUCCCUUUGGCUGAAGAAAAUUCAGUGGAUGCGGUGUGUGGUGUUAAGAUGCUUGAUGGAAUAGACGUAAGGAAUGGACCUCAGGGAUGCGAAGUGGAAACAGACCAGUCUGGAGGCUCUGAUGUGAACAGUAUGGACUCUGUGGAUAGUGGCUGUACUAUGGGCGCUAGAGAAAGUUAUAGUACCCAUGCUUCCUCUUCAAGUUCUGAGCUAGUCAUCUGGGAGAUUGAAGUGCCAAAGCUUCUGGUUGGGCGAUUAAUUGGGAAGCAAGGAAGAUAUGUGGGUUUUCUUAAGCAGACCUCUGGUGCAAAGAUAUACAUCUCAACCCUGCCUUACACACAGGAGUUCCAAAUCUGUCACAUAGAGGGUAUGCAACAACAAGUUGACAAAGCCCUGUCUCUGAUUGGGAAGAAGUUUAAAGAUUUGGAUUUGACAAACCUUUAUGCUCCUCCACCACCACCCCUCACAUUGCCAUCACUCCCCAUGACUUCAUGGCUGCUCCUGCCCAGUGGUGUGACAGUUGAAGUGAUUGUGGUGAAUAUUGUAUCAGCCGGGCACGUCUUUGUCCAGCAGCACACCCAUCCUACUUACCAUGCCCUAAGAAGCCUUGACCAGCAGAUGUUCUUGUGCUACUCCCAGCCAGGCACACCCACCCUUCCUUCUCCAGCUGAAGUUGGUGUGAUAUGUGCAGCUCCAGCAGUGGAAGGAGCCUGGUGGAGAGCUCAGGUCAUCACCUUCUAUAAAGAAUCAAAUGAGGUGGAAAUAAGAUACGUUGAUUAUGGUGGCUAUGACAGAGUGAAGAUUGACUCAUUACGGCAAAUAAGGUCUGAUUUUGUAACAUUACCGUUUCAAGGGGCUGAAGUAUUGCUUGACAACGUCGCUCCCCUCCCAGGAGAGGAUCGUUUUUCGUCCGGGGCCACAUCAGCGCUCGAAGAGAUGACAAGAGGAGUUGCAUUGCUUGCCCAAGUCUCAAAUUAUGAUAACAGUACUGGCCUCCCAUUGGUUCAUCUGUGGAACAUGGUGGGAGAAGACGUUAUUUCUAUAAACCGCACAUUGGCUGAGAGGGGCUUGGGUGUAUGGGUUGAUGGAUUUUGAGCCAUUGUCUGUUAAAGACAAUUCACUGGAUGAUUUUUUGUUUUGUUUUUCUCGUCCUGUUGUUUGUUUCCUUUAAAAAGACAUUAAAAUAUUUUUCUGGCAUAGUCUUUGAGAGCAACACUGCUUCAAAAUAAGACAAACCUUUUUGGGUCAUUCACAAAUGAAAGGAAGAGGAACCUUGUACAUGAAAAAAGGGUCUAUAUUGUAAUUUAAAUAAAGAUCAACCAAUAUUUUUUUUUUCUCCCCCAACUUUACCUUUUUGCACUGGGCUUUUGGACAUUGUAUUUUAAUCAUCAUGCUGUGUGGGCUCAUGAGACGUAUGUCAGACUAUGUAGGCACGUGAACUGUAAUUACCAACUCUGACAGCGAGAGGUCAGUAAAUUUCAAAAUUGUUUGGAUAAAC